AUGCCGCCCAGGAGCCACCGAGCCGCCCAGCAGCAGCCGAGCCGCCCAGCAGCAGCCGAGCCGCCCGGAGCCGCCGAGCCGCCCAGCAGCAGCCGAGCCGCUCGGAGCCGCCGAGCCGCCCAGCAGCAGCCGAGCCGCCCAGGAGCCGCCGAGCCGCCCAGCUGCAGCCGAGCCGCCCAGCAGCAGCCGAGCCGCCCGGGAGCCGAGCCGCCCAGCAGCCUAGCGGCCGUGUCGCCAGGCGACCUUCCUCCCGAGCCGCCCGACCUGCCCUGCCCGGGUCGAGCCAUUGACUUUGAGGUCUGGCUCGACGACCUGCAGCUGUUUUUACAGUGCGACAGGGCCGACGGUCUGUCUCUCUUUGACCUCACCUCUGGCGCCGUCCCUGCCCCUGCUGCUGAUGCUGACGCCACUGUUCGCUCUCAGUGGGCCACGCGCGAUGCUGCUGCACGUCUUGCUGUGCGUCGCCACCUGCCUACCGCUGAGCGCGCGCACUUUAGCCAGUACAAGAGUGCUCAGACCUUGUACGACCCUGUAGUUGCGCGCUACUCCUCCCCUGCCACUACUGCACUGAGCCGCCUCAUGCUCCCCUUCCUCUUCCUCCGGGACCACUUCCUCGAGGUCUGUCCCACCACCCUCACAGUCGACAGCCUCGAGAAGGCCCUCCUUGCAGCAGAGAAGAGCAUAGUUGCUGUAGGAGCCUCUCGAGGUGACCCCCGCGCCCCCAUCUUUGAGGGGUGUUCUCCUUCCCCUCUCCUGCCCUCUGUCGCCUCUGCCGCUGCGGCCGACCUCGUUGGUCUUGAGUCGGUCGGUGCGGCGUCUGCCCCUAGCGGGAGACGCCGCUCUGGAAAGGGCAAGGGGGGCAAGGGAGCGGGUGGGGCCAGUGGGGGCGGUGGCGGUGGUGGUGGAGGCGGCGGAGGGAGUGGGGGUGGCGGUGGAGGUGGUAGCGGGGGUGGGGGUGCUAGUGGCGGCAGUGGAGGCGGGAGUGGUGGCGGCGGUGGCGGUGGUAGCGGAGGUGGCGGAGGCGGUGGCGGUGGAGGCGGAGGCGGGGGUGGCGGAGGUGGAGGUGGUCGGAGUGGAGCUUCGCAGCGGAGCGGCACUGGUGGCGGUCAGCGCCAGCAGCAGCAGCAGCAGCAGCGUUCUCGCGCCGUCCCCACCCCUCAGCAGCUCCGUGAGUGGUACACGCAGCGUCAGCGCGGUGGGGGUUUUGGUCCCUGCACCUACGUUCUCCGCACUGGCGACCGCACUGGAGAGCAGUGUGGGGGUGCCCACCCCCCCCAGCGCUGCUUUGGCCGCCUGACGGACGCUUGGCGUCAGCAGUUCCCGGAGGCCGCGGAGAUCCCCCGCUGGGGAGAGCUGUCUAGUGCUGGUGUAGCUAUCUUUGAUCUUGAUUUUGAUGCUAUCCUUGCUGCCGUGUAUGCUAUGACCAUUAGUGAUGAGGGUGACUGUUACCGGUGUUUCCCGCCCGACCCGGGCAUUGGUACUGCUGCUCCAGGUGCCGGUGAGGCUUCUGCUCUAGGUGCCAGUGCGUCUGUGCUCUCAGGUGCUCGUGAGACUGCUCUCUCAGGUACUAGUGCGUCUGCGCUCUCAGGUACUGCAUCGGCUUCGGCCUCCCACACCUUCACUCUUGACUCUGGAGCGUCUCGCUCUUUCUUUCGGGACCGCACCACACUUACGCCGCUUAGUCGGCCGGUUGCGGUUUCCCUGGCUGACCCCUCUGGGGGUCCUGUCCUGUCUCGCUUCUCCACAGUCCUCCCGUGUCCGGCGGCUCCCUCUGGCACCCUGUCUGGUCUCUACCUCCCCUCGUUCUCUACGAACUUGGUGAGUGGUGCUGACCUACAGGAUGCGGGAGUCCACCAGUUCACCCCUGCUCGUCAGCGAGUGACGCACUGCACAGAGGCUAGCACGGGUCGUCACCUGGCUACGUUUACACGUCAGCCAGGGUCGAGCCUGUACACACUGACCACUGCUUCUCCUCCAGGUGCUGAGUCUGGUAGAGUCCCUUCGUCUGGUCAGGUGUUUGCUGCAGCGUCCAGGUCUGGUCCUGAGUCUGCCCCCUGUUCGUGUCGCCGUCUGUCUCACGAGACCCUCCUCUGGCACCACCGCCUUGGCCACCCCUCUCUGCUUCGGCUCAGAGGCAUGGCCUCCCGUCUUCUUGUGUCUGGUCUCCCCCGGUCUCUACCUCCCCUUCCUCAGGGCCCUGGCUCUGCCUGUGUCCCCUGUGUCGAGGGGCGCCAGCGUGCUGCCCCUCACUCCUCCCAGUUUCCUCCGACAGAGGCUCCGUUGCAGACGCUUCACAUGGACGUGUGGGGCCCUGCCCGCGUCCGUGGACUCGGUCACGAGCGCUACUUCCUGUUGGUGGUUGACGACUACUCGCGUUACACCACAGUCUUCCCCUUCCGCAGCAAGGGUGAUGUCACUGAGGUGCUGAUCGACUGGAUCUGCGCAGCUUGUCUCCAGCUCAGGCAGAGCUUUGGCUCGGACUUUCCUGUGUUGCGUCUGCACUCGGACAGAGGCGGAGAGUUCUCCUCUGGCCUUCUGCGUGCCUACUAUCGUGCGCGAGGCAUCCGCCAGACCUUCACGCUUCCGGACUCCCCGUAG